AUCUACCAGCUCAUAUUUUGACUAUUUAAGAAACUCAAAGCUCUGAUAAGUUCUAACAAUCCUCUUUACAAGGGGCUAUUUCUUUACUAACUUUACUAGUAUGAUUUAUUAUGGGUAGGGUAUAAUAUGUAAUGCCAUAAUAAUACCAUUUCAGUUUCCUUCAUUUCUCUGAAGAAACAGUAUGUUUUGCUGAUUAGCUCAGUAAAUCUUGUUGUUCUACUCUGUUUUACAGUGUUUUGGAAGUGAUGGUAAACUACGUAGUUCUCCAUUACUGCAAGUCCCAGGCCUGGGGAUGAUCGUGCUACUUUUUUUUCUGUCCCCCUUUCUCCCGUUUCAUUUGUACACAUACAAUAUCAAAAACAUCACUCACACAUCAUGAUUGUUUUUACAAAGUAUUGAUUGUUCGUAUUUUAUUUUUUGUAAAUAAUAAAAUGUAAAUAAUAUUGUAAACCAAUGCAGUUUCUCAUGGGACUUUUUAAAGUGAAGAUUGAAAGAAUCGGUGGAAAUCAUAAGAACCCCAAAUACCUUUAGCAACAUAUUUUGAUGAAUAUUUUUUUUUUAUAUUUAAGCUCAUGUUGAAGUGAUUUACAGGAACAAGGAUAAUAUGUGAUUCUCAGAAGUACAGAGUUAUUACUUUUCACAGGAGUGGUGGUUAAUGUCCCAGGACAGAACAGGUCACAUGUUAGGGAUGGUAGAGACAUACAGGGGUGUGAAGAAUAGGUGGGACAGAGAGAGCAAUGCGAAAGAAGACAGGAUAGAAGGAUGGAGAUGGCGCUAACAGAUGGACUCAAGAAGGAUUAUGGAUGCUCUUGGUAGAGUGUGACACCAAUUUACAAGGAAAGGCAGGAAAAGGAGGAGAUUUGGGCAGGAUUGUACCAAAAAAGGGAAAAAACAGAAAUUAUCGCAAAAGGAUAAGGAGAGAAACUGCAUGCUGAAUCAAAGAGACGAGGACCUUCUGUGUUUAACAACUGCACAGAAGGUGGAAAAAGAUCAAAAUUAAUGGAUCGAAUAGGGAGAAAUGAUUACGAUGGACAUGAUGUAAGAAGAUAAAUGUGCACAGGUUCUUCCCUGAUCUGACCCUCUCCUUUAAUCAAUCCACAUCUUCAUUUAUCCUACCAUCUGUCACAGGGAUCUCUUACUCAUUUCUGCUUUAUAUAAUUUUCUCAAUUUCAUUCUCAUUCCCAAAGGUUUCUUGUGUUUGGUUACUGAUCCCUGUUUGCCCUUUAUAAAACCAGCUCUGCCUCCCCUUUGGUAGCAUGUUGGACCACAUGUCCAGGCGUUCUCGCUCCCUGAUCUCUCUUUUCCUGACCUCCCUUGCCCUCGCUCUAUCUGUGCUGGCUUUCUGUACGUCUUACUGGUGUGAAGGAACGCACAAGGUGGUCAAACCUCUCUGCCUUUCACCUGUCAAGAUGAAGAACUGCGGACAGAACAACAGUGAACCUUACACUACAGAAAGCCCCACCUCGGAUCCUCAGAACCUGUUACCAACAUUAUUACCAAAGCGAAGAGAGGAACUGGCCAGGAUUCGACAAAGACAAUUGGCCAAUGCAGUGCACUACAUUUGGGAGACAGGAGAAGACAAGUAUACCUUCAGAUAUUUCCACACAGGAUUUUGGGAGUCCUGUGAAAAGCAUGCUGAUGGAGAACGAUGUCGUCGGUUCUUGGAUCUUACUCCUGGAGAGACACAUGGUGUUCUGUGGUUGUCAAUGAUUGCUGAGUUCAUGUACAUCAGUUUGUUGGGCAUGGGCUUUCUACUCAUGUGGGUGGAAGUGUUGUGCGCUCAUAAAGAAAUGCAUGCACUCAAAAUCAACGCUUUCGCAGCCAUAUGUACAGUGCUCUCAGGACUGUUAGGGAUGGUGGCUCAUAUGAUGUACACUACUGUAUUUCAGCUAACUGUGAUUGUAGGGCCCAAAGACUGGAGACCUCAGACGUGGGACUACGGCUGGUCAUUUGCGCUUGCAUGGGUGUCUUUCAGCUGCUGCAUGUGUGCUGCAGUUAUGACCCUUAAUUCUUACACUAAAACAGUCAUUGAGCAGCGUCACCGCCAGAGGCUUCGAUUAGAGGAGGCCCGUGCUACAAGCCACGCUCCGUCCUAUGAGGAGGUGGUCCCAGGUGGCGGGCUGUACUCUGUCAGCCGCCUAUUACAGUGCCCAAAUGGGAUGAUAGACUCUAUGUGGGCAUCCGAUGGGAGCAUGGGACUGGUGCAAGAGAGCGAUGUGCCCACCCUGGUACUGUUUGGAGGAUGCGGACAAGAUUCAUGUGAGGACUGCGAGAGAGAGAUGGAUGAGAUGAAGGAGGCCAUGAAUGGAAUAGAUUCUCCUUGUUAAUCGAGGAUGAUGUGAGUUGAAGGGCUAGUUCACCCAUAAAAGAAAAUUUCGUCAUUAUAUUAGUCCUCAUCAUGCCAUUCCAAACCUAUAUUACUUUCUUUCGUCUGUGAAACACAAAGAAAAUAACUUGAAGAAUGUUGGUAAUCAAACAGAUUUGGUUACCACUGAUGCCCAGUGGAUGGAGAGAAAAAAAAAUCGCAAAACAUCUUAUUUUAUGUCAUAAGUCAUACAGGUUUGGUUUGACCUGUAAAUGAUGACAGAAUUUUCAUUUUGGGUGAAAUAUCUGUUAUUACUGUAGCUUUUAUAACAAUCGCCUUGCUUGUUUUGUUUGCCUGAAUAACUGACUGAUGAGCAAAAACUGUCUAUGCAAAAUGUCAAGAUGAUUUUUUUCAGAUAUGUCUGUGGCUGAAAUUCAGUCAGUAUGAGAUACUGUAUGUAGACACACAGUAGGUGUGAGAAAAGAGUCACCCUCUGUGUGUGAGUGGAUUUCCAAGUGUGAGGAUUUAGGAAAAUGUCAUUUAUCUAUUGAAAGGUAUAAGACUUUUGAGUGGAUUAUACUGAUCACAAAGCCUGUAUUAUUUUCAUGUUAUAAUCUAACCAAAAAGUUACAUCUCAUGUUCUCUGUAUUUUUUUCUCUUGUUUUAUUUGAUUUAGAAUCGAUACCCAAACCAUAACAAAUCAUAAAAAAUUAUUAAAAAAUGUAAAUUCUAAAGAAUUGCUUGAAAUAAAUAUCUCAUAAAUGUGGAAUUGUUGCA